GAUACAGUGAACAGUGAUUCGCGUCUUCUCCCCGCCUUCAGCUAGCAGCAGCAGCAGCGCCUCAGUGGCUCCCGUCCAUUUCCUCUAUCCUGAACCGCCGGCAAGCUAACAGCCCAAAACUCCCACAGAUAUGGCCGACCAGCUAACAGAAGAGCAGAUUGCUGAGUUCAAGGAGGCCUUCUCCUUGUUUGAUAAAGAUGGAGAUGGUACCAUCACCACCAAAGAGCUUGGUACCGUCAUGAGGUCAUUGGGUCAGAACCCAACUGAAGCUGAACUGCAGGACAUGAUCAAUGAGGUGGACGCUGAUGGCAAUGGAACCAUUGACUUCCCAGAGUUCCUGACAAUGAUGGCACGAAAGAUGAAGGACACAGACAGCGAAGAGGAGAUCAGAGAGGCCUUCAGAGUCUUUGAUAAGGAUGGCAAUGGAUACAUCAGUGCAGCAGAGCUUCGUCAUGUGAUGACCAACCUGGGAGAGAAGCUGACGGAUGAAGAAGUAGACGAGAUGAUCAGAGAAGCCGACAUCGAUGGAGAUGGACAGGUCAACUAUGAAGAGUUUGUUCAGAUGAUGACCGCCAAAUGAACUGAACUUGCAAAGAAUCAGUCAAAUGUUUCACUUACCUCUUAUUGCAAAAAUCUACAUUUAAUCAUACUGUUCUGUAUAGACAAUUUAAACUGAAUGUUGGAAUACUGAAAAUCUGUCCAUAUAAACAAGUUAAAAAAAGGUAAAAGAAAAAAAAAUUUAAGUAAUCUGCAUGUACUGGCCUGUAUUCCCCAACCUCCUCCUCGCUGAGCUGACCAAUCAAAUCUCAGCUCGUUAGACGAGCAGCCUGUGCAGCUGGCUAGUUUGGUCGCUGCUUCCUGGUUCCAUCUGCCUGAAAUCAUGAUUAUUUGGGUGGGUCACCUGCCUUUUCUUUAAAGUCCUGUUCUGUUUUCCUUUCCCUUCAUGCAUGCAGCGUUAACAUGGGUUACUGUGGAGAUCUCAGUGACAGAAGGCUGUUGUUAGGCCUCAGAGGAGGAAGAGCUGGUUCAGAGGGAUGGGAACGAGCGAACUGAUGGGAUGUUCGCUCGGCUAAAUAAUGUCAGAGACAGAAUAUUUUUAAGAAAAAUUAAAAUGGAAUAAACAACUAAUUUUAGAUUUUGUGUUUCUGGCAUGUCUAUUAAUCACUUUAUCCUUACCUUUUUUUUUUUUUUUUUUUGAGGGCGUAUUGCCCCUUUGGCAGUCUUUGUCUUAUCCAAUAUGGAGGAAUGGGCGGGCUUUAGAGGCAAUUAUAUACAAGCACAGUUUCUGAGUCAAUGUUUGCACCAAUGCUUGUACCAGUGUAAGUAUUAGUUCGGAUGUUUACAGACACUGAGUAGAGUAAAAUAAGAGUUAUCUCUCUGCAGACUGGUGCAGGCAGUUGUCUUGUAGACUGUGCAUGUAUGGCUCCACUUGGGUGGGUGGGGGUGAGUUUCAGCUUAAUGGGAGGGACAGGGUCGGCGCUUUGCAGCAUUUCUACCUUGUUUUUGUGUGUGAGUUUGCCUGUGUGCGUGUGGGUGCAGCGCGGCCCGACCCAGUCCAGCUGUUCUGUUCGGUUCAGUUGAUCUGCAUUCCAAGAUGUACAAUGCUAGUCUUUACAUUUUGUUUUUCCAAUAAAAUAUCAUGAACUAAA